UCCACUUCCCCCGAAAAUACAACGUAAUUCCUCCGCAGCUCUCGAACGCUCAGCACACGGAAUGUUUUCCGCGGCAUUUUUGUGAAUAGAAAAUCCAGUGGAAAUGCCCUAAAAGUGACGAAAGAUGUUUGUGAGGCACUAGUGAAGGAAUUUUUCCAUUUUCACGGCAUCUUCGGGGUGAUUUUCUUCUCUGAAAAAAAAAUCUCUGUGCUUUUUUGGGGGAUGUGAGUGUUUUGUGUGGUUUUUCUGGGGGCAACGCAGCAGAGACACUUUUCCAACGACUUUUCUCCACAUUCUCACAUAAGUAACAUAGGAAAUAAAUUAAGAAAAAACGACACUGACCACCGAUUUUGGCGCGGAAUGUCUGGAGGACGUGGCGAGGAGCAUGAGAAUCUCAUGGGGGAUGCAGACGACGGUGGGUGUGAGGAGUACGUCGAUGAUCCCGCGGGUCCGGCGUCGGGAUUGAGGCGUCGCAAAGGAAAAAUAAUGUCGUGUGCCAAAGAAACGAUCGAAAAUGCUUCCAGACUUAUUCGUCGACGAGUGCCUUGUGCAGGACACCUGAUGACGCCGCGACGUCUCUGGCUCAACAAGAUUCCCGCCCAGUGCGAUGUUGUGAUUGAGUUUCCCGAAGAUGCACCCGAUGAGGUGCUUCGCUGGCUCCUGGCACGCAUCCGUUCACCCACACCCAAUGGUCUGGGUCUCUCAGCCCACGUGCGAGCACACGACAGUACAAAACGCACCGCAUUCUACCUAAGCGCCCCCAUUAGCAUACUCUUCCGGGCGGCGGAGGAGGCUCGCCUACCGAAGCGACUAAAGAGUGACUUGGGUGGGGCCUUGCGUGACUUCACGACCCGCGAAAAGCACUGCUUUGCCCAGGCGAAAGUUCCAUCCAGUGGCGAGGGUGACGAUGGCGGGGGUACACUUUUCACAUCCCAAGAGCGUCAGUGGCUCGUACUGCAGAUACUGCAAGGCCUACGAGCGGGAAUUGGGGAUUUGGAAGCGCUGCAAGGAAAAGCGGCGGUGGCGGAGGGACAGAGCAUAAUUGCUGCAUGGCAAGAAUCUGGUCUCAUUACCCAAGUAUUUCCACUCCAUGAAACAACCGCCUUAACCCAAUUGCAAUCCAGUUGGGUACGUAAUAUUUUUGCACCACAGCCAUUAGUCACGAGGAAUUCCUCCCUUCUAGACGACAUUGCAGAGUAUUUUGGCGUGAAGGUGGCCCUCUACUUUGCCUGGUUGGGUCAUUACACGUGCGCUUUGGGUGUUCCCGCCGUUUUUGGCACACUCAUGUGGGCCGGGCUGUAUGGACGCAAUCAGACAGCCCAGGAUAUUGGUCAUGUACUCUUCUCACUCUUCAACGUUGCCUGGGCAUCGCUCUACUUGGAGGCAUGGCGGAGGUAUUCGACAGAGUUAGCUUUCCGCUGGGGCACCUUGUCCACCCCUCCUGAACUUCUUGAGCCUCCACGGCCGCUCUAUAAAGGACCACUCGUGGAGAGCCCGGUUACAGGCCGUUUGGAGCCAAAGGAAGCUCCUGCAUGGCAACGACGAGCCUUCCGGUAUCUGGUUAGUUUCCCCAUCAUUGGCCUCUGCUUGGUCCUCGUCUUUGUCGUCAUGUUCAUAAUGCUUCGGUUCCAGGAUUGGCUAGAUGAGCAUCUUCCAGACGCUGAUGUUUGGAAAUGCAUUUGCAUGGCACCUCAGGAUUGGUGGGACGGGAAGCUGCCUGAAAAAGGUUUCUUGAGCUGCCUAAGUGUGAUCCCAAAAGUUCUCCUUGCCGGUGCUAUCACCCUAAUGGAUGAGGCUUACUUCAAGCUAGCUGUGUGGCUCAAUGAUCGAGAAAAUUAUCGUCUUCAGUCCAAGUAUGAGAAUCAUCUUAUUGCCAAGGUGGCUCUCUUCCAGUUUGUCAACUCCUUCCUCUCACUCUUCUACAUUGCAUUCUACCUAUGUGAUCAGGAUAAGCUUAAAGAGCAACUAGCUGGAUUACUGAUCUCACGGCAGAUCAUUGGAAAUCUGAGAGAAUCCGCUUGGCCGUAUGUUGUUGAACAGUGGAAGCUGGCAAAGCUCAGCUUUAACCUCUGGGGUGCUCUGAGUCCAACGCAGGAAACUAAAACAAAGCCCGAAGAUACAACUAAGCCUGAUGAGAAAAGUUCCGAAGCAGGGAAAAGGAGUAUCGGUCAGGCGGAAAUUGAGAGUUCACUCUACAAAUACGAUGGGACAUUUUCAGAUCAUCUAGAGAUGCUCGUUCAAAUGGGCUAUGUGGUACUCUUUUCAGCUGCCUUUCCCCUUGCAGGGCUCUGUGCCCUGGCCAACAAUAUAAUGGAAAUCCGUUCGGAUGCCUUUAAGCUCGCCCACGUUCACCAGAGACCUUUUGGGCAGCGUGUUGCAAAUAUCGGCACGUGGCAGAAUGCUCUGAGUCUGCUGGGUUUAGCAGCUGUUAUCGUUAACUGUGCCCUCAUUGGGCUAUCUGGUCAAGUGUCUCGCCUAUGGCCGGGACUCACUUCCACACAGACGGUAAUCUUGAUUGUGGCACUAGAGCACAUGAUGCUGGGACUCAGAUCUGCUCUAACAUGGCUCCUACCUGAACUCCCGUCGUGGUUGGCAGCAGAAAUUGCAAGAGCAGAACACUGUCGCAGGGAGAUGCAGUGCAAGGGCACAUCACCAAGAGCAACUCCACCGUCCCCAUCUUCAACGUCCAUUUCGCAUCCUGAUCAAGAGGAAAACACCCCUGAUCCUCUACUUGAGCAAUCCAGUCAGGAAGUGGAAGAUAUUGUCUUUGAACCCGAAGAUCCCAAUCUACUCUUCAGGAAUGGCGCACCAAGAUCUGUUACACCAGAUUCGCCAAUUUCCCAGACUAGUACAGUUCUCAUUCGACCCCUCUUAGAUAGUUCAACAAACACAAGUGGUUCAUCCAUUCAGAACAUACCAUCGGAGAUGGCGACAGGUGGCCCUAGUGCAUGUAGGCAUUUAAAGCAAUCAGAGAUAUCAAAACUCUAUGAAAUACCUCCAUAUCGUGGUUAUUCCGUACGAAAUUCAAUGCCCAAGAAGAAUACUCCGGCAGGUGCUUCUCCAACAACGAAGACUGCAUCACAGCCAAUUCAGAUUCCAGAAAUACCACCAUUCAGGAAACCAUCAACAUCUUCCCUAUCUCAGACACCUCCACAGCGUUUCUCAGUCUCGGAUGUGAAAUCCUCUCCGACGAAAAUCCCAGAGAUUCCACCAUUUAAACCGCGGAAAUCCGCCGAAAUGACACCACCUGCCACGGCAACCAGCACAUCAGGUGAAAGCCCACAUGUUGGUGUUCCCGAUUGGGCUAGACGCCUCAAAGUGGCUGAAACGUCUCCCAUUCACCGGAGUACAGACUGCAUUGCAGCCAAAGAACUACAUCCGGGUACAGAUUCCCCGGAACAAGUCCUAAAGAACGCCCCCUCGUGGAGUUCUGUGGCUGUACGAACUAGUGUAAGCAGUGUUGGUGAUGUUGUGGCUAGUUCCAGUACAGUAAGUUCAUCUCCAGCAAGUGGUACCGUGCCCAAGAAACUCUCCGGCACGGCGACUGAAGAAGAGGUCAAGGCUGCAGAAUUGGCUGCCAAAAAGUCCCGCCUUAAGCAGAGUCUAGUCAAAAGGGCUAGAUCAGUGGCGAUAUUCUCACUUAAGCUGAAAGAAAGGCGAGCAAGGGAAGCUGAGAAAGCCGCCCAGGCAGCUGUUGAGCAUGCUAAGGUUGUGGCACAAGUUACAAAUCCUCCAAUUGGAGGAGAACUGUCCUUUAUGCCAAUUGAGCAACUCAUUCAAGUGGAUGAUGUUGUGAAACAUCGAAAUUCACAGUCAGGCUCAGGAACAGUCUAAAAUAAAUUUAAAAAAUGGAUGAUUAAAAAAAAUUCUGAGCUUUCAGAAGAGAAAAGCAAACUGAAAUUCCUCCACAAAAGGACUGUAGAGGUGAAAUAAUUGGACUAGUUAGAGAAGAAAAAUUAAUUCUAAAACAUGGCACCACGUUAGGUUCAGAAGGAAACACAUUCAACAGUAAGAAAAUUAGUUUAAUUGCCGCAAAAUGUUAGUUUGCAAUUCUUAGUAUAAAUUUUUGAAAAUAGAAAGAGAUAAUCUCUAAUUUUAGCUGAGCUUUCUGUGACGUACAUUGCAGAUUGUGGGUGAAAGCAGCCACCCACAUAAAAGAAAAAGAAUUAAAGCUUUUCAUUUUAAGAGCCUUGAUUUAUCUUUGAGUACAAAAAUAUUCUUAGCGCAUCCUAUUUUAUCGUGCCUCAUUCUUUAUUAUAUUGUGGUCUGUGUGGUACAGCGUAGGUGAAGAGGACGGAACUUUAAAAGUUUAAAACUCACCUCACGUUACAAUUUUAAAUGAAAGAAAAAAAACAAAUGGACUGUAAAUAAUUAUAUUUUUGCUAAACAUUUUUAUUGUUCAGCAAAAAUGAGAAAAUUGUAUACAAAAAAAAAACAUUGAAAAUGUGGAAACUCAUCCACCAUCGAAAAAUGUGCUUUUUAAAUGAGAUUUGUUUGAAAAAAAUUUGUAUGGUAAUGUUGCUUUUUGCGAAGAAAUAAGGAAAUCUGAAAGUCCAUAAAAUCUCCGGAAUAUUACAACAAAUAAAAGAAAGAAUAUCCGAUCCAGAGUUAUUAAUUUUGGAAUUUAUAAAAUGUUCUAAAAGUAUUUUGAGAAAAAAAAUGUGUUGCUAACUUUUUGAACAGCCCGCAAUGUAAAAUUUAUUCUUCAUCAUUAAUCUUCUUAUAUUAAAAAAACAACAACUAAUUAUUACUCCCAAAAUAUUCCCAUAAAAUGUACAUUUAAAUAAAAAAAAAGAAAUAAGAUGAAAAAAAGUAUUGUAAUUAAUUGUGUAUUGAUUGUGAUAAUAGAAUAGUCAUCGAAUAUUUAAAUUAUUAAAUAAAAAAUACAUCGUGAGAAAAGAUUAAUGUGAUAUUUGAUUGUUUGUUAAAAAAAUUAUAUUCUUUUUUAUUGUUAUGGAGGAUAUUUUUUUCUCAAAAGGUGUUGCACUAUUUUUUGCGAAAGAAAACAGCUUUUCAUUCUCUUUUCAAACUGUUGCUUAUUUUUUUUUCUUAUUAAGAGCUAAAAUGAAACCUUCGGCAAAAAAUAAAACAUAUCAAUUCGCAAUAUUGGCGCAAUUCAUAAGUAAAAUAAUACGUACAGAAGAAAAUUCAAUAGAAAACAUCAAUCAAAAAUCACAUUGAAUAAAAUCUUCAAAAGGAAGAAAUAAAGAGUGGACAGAAUUAUAUACCUACAUGACCUACAUACAAUUUUUCCCCUUGAAGUUCUUGUUUUUCCUCUCCAAAACUCCUCUUCCUGCGGAGAAUGAAGAAAGAAAGAAAAAAUAUAUACAAAAUAAUAUCGUUACUCCAGACAUGUUGCAUUGAAUAAAUGAAUUUUUUAGAAUGUUACAAUUUUCUAUAAGUGAUACGCAAAAUUACAAUAAUUAAAUAUUAAAUUAUAUUACAUUACAUUGUAAGAAAAUUGCAACACACACACACAAAAUUUAUUAAUUACAAAAAAUGUAAACUGUCUUAAAGGACAACAGAAAACAAAGCUUAAUAACGACAAUUAAAAUACAA